AUGUAAUAAUUGAUGAAUAAUUACAUUGAAUAUCUAAGAGAGGGAGUUUAGAUGAAUAAAGUAGAAAUUGAAGAUUAUGGUGGUAUGUUUGGGAUUAAAGCUAUUGAUAAUAUUGAAUCAGGCGAAUUUCUUAUAAAAGUUUCUCAUAUAUUUGCAAUUAGCGCAUUCACAGUAUUCUAAAAUGAAUAAUGUGUAGAUAUUAUGAAGAAGAAUCCUCAUAUUUAUCCAUCAUUGAAUUAAAUUGGUAACAAAAAAAGUGAUUUCCAAACAUUAAUUCUUUAUUUGACAACAUAAAGACAUGGAAAAUUAAAACCUAUUUUUGAUGUUUCAUCAAAUCCUAUUUGUUUGUUAGAUUGUGAUUAACCAAUUCCAUUUGAUUAUUUAAGAGAAUUGAAAUAAGAAUUUGAAGAAGAAUAUUAGGCAGCAAAAGAUGAAGUAAUGGAAAUAGGAUUAAAUGCUGAUGAUUAUGAUUGGGCAUAUAGAUAUUGCAUGAAUAGAAGACUAAGUGUUAAUAAUGAUUAUCCUUUUUCAUUUUUAGUACCUAUGAUAGAUAUGAUAAAUCAUGGUAAGAAUAAAGCUAUCUUUGGAUUAGAAUAAGAAAAUUAUAAAUAAGAAGAAUACAUAUAAAAUAAUUAUAUGAAAUUUAAAUACAUUUCCUAAAAUAAAUAUUGGUUUAGUCAAGAGGAUUAAGAAAUAAUUGAAAGUCUAAAAGUAAAUGAGAAUGAAAGAUGUUCUAAAAUAUUGAAUAAAUUAUUAGUAAAAUUGUUUUAGGAAUUACUUAGAACAGGAGCACCAGAUAUUUGGGUUACAAAAUUAAUGAUACCUGAUGAUUCAGAGGAUGAAGAUGAGCCUACUACUGAAUAAAGCAAUCAUUAAUCAUAAUAAUUAAAUACCAAAGAUUCAAAAGUCUAAGCUGCAGUAAAUGAUGAUUAUCUUAGAGAUUAUUAUGAAUAAUCUUUGGAUUAAAGUGAUCAUGAUUGGUACACAGAUAUUCAACAAUCAACUCUUAAAUGUCCAGCAUAUCUUACAGCAAGAGCAGUAGAUGAUAUAGAGAAAGGAGAGUAAAUCUUAAAUUUAUAUGGAUGUUUAGGUAAUGAACAUCUCUUGAUGUAUUAUGGAUUUGCACUCAAUAAGAAUAAAUAUGACAGAGUUAAAUUCAGAAUUUUUAUGGAUUGCAAUACAAAAUAUGAUUUCCUUACAAAUAUUGAAAAAUUAGUAUAAUUACAUUAUGUUCCAUAUAAAGAACUUUUAAAUUUAAGUACAAGAGGAAUCAGUUUAAAUUAAUUAACUUCUGAAUUUAAAAUAAAGAAAAGUUAAUUCAAUUUAGAUUUAAUUAAAUUCCUUAGAACAUAUCUCCAAUUAUUAGAUGGAGAUGAGUUAAUUAAUGAAGAGAUUAUUAUAGUUCUUUAUAGAAGAAUUAUUAAUUCUUUAUAUAAAAAGAUUACAUCUCCAAUCAUUCCAAGAGAUACUAAUUGGGGAGAAUAACUUUUUAAUUAUUAGCAAUCCAAAGCUAGAAUAUUAAAGGCCCAUUUAGAAAUGAUAGACAACUUAACAACGAAACCAGAAAAAAUGGAUAUCAAAGUGUUUAUGAGAUUAAGAGCAUAUUUACUUAAAUAACACUGA